AUUUGUCAAGAAAACUGGUGGAUGGGGGAGGGUGUGGGAAAUGCCACUUCCUGACUAAGCAGAGAGCUGAAUCCAGACCAGAGUUUCAGUCCCUCUUUCUUUCUUUCUCCCCCCUCUCCCUUUCGCUAAUUUAUCCCGAUGUUAGCACAUUCUGUCUUGUUACAACCGGGCGCCUGUAGGUUUGUUCAUUGGGAUCAUUACUUAACUGAUCAGGAUGGCUGUGAAAUCUCUGUUUAAAGGAGAGACGUGAUUGAAGUGGUGGCAAGAAAAAAAAAAAACUUUUUUCCAUCAUUUUUUUCUAUGAUUUUAUUUUGAAAGGAUAAAUGAUUUAAUCUCUGUUCUCGUAUUCAGCUCUAAAUGUGUGAAGAAAACAAGAGGAUUUUAACAGGGUUAUUUUUAAUUACAUGAAUACUGUGGCAGAGAUACUUUUUUUUUUCUCCAAUUUUUUUUCAUAAUUAUUUUAUUAUUAAAAAUGUGGCACGGAGGUUUUUGUAGUAUCCAGGACAUACAGGAUAUGUUUUUUUCUUGGUGGCCUUAUUAGGUAAAAUGUCAAAACUGGCGUAAAAUAAGGAGUUGUAUUGGAACUAAAACAAGGACAUACAUUGUACAGAUCACACAGAAAGAGGGGAAACUUUCUUUGUCUUGGGAUUUAUGUUGUUUUAUUAUUUUUUUUUAUGAAAAUAAAAAGCAACCCAUUUGAGAUAAACGAAUGUCCCCUUUUCUCCAAAAUCAAGUUCACUGGAAUUUAAUGCCACAAAUCUCAUCUUCAGGAUGUCAUUGAGCACUUCAACUGUAGGUAAAGGUGUGGAUCCAAACGCAGUUGAUGCCUAUGACAGUGGUGAUGACUGGGAAAUCGGUGUUGGAAAUUUGAUUAUUGAUUUGGAUGCUGAUUUGGAGAAAGACAGACAGAAAUUUGAAAUGAGCAACUUAGCAGGCAGUGCCUGUGCUUCCAAGGACAGUGGAGCAGUUAACUCUACCUCCUCUACAUUAGCUGACAGCCUCAAAUUUGCUUCUGUACAGCAGCAGCCAUCAGGCCCCCAAGGGAACAACCACAAAGAGACUAGCAAAUCAAAAGUGAAAAGGAGUAAAACUUCCAAGGAUGCUAGUAAGCCAUUGCCUUCUCCAGCUUUUUAUGGGAUUCCUGAGAUUAGUAGUGGUGCUAGCAAGAGGCAGCAGGAGGCUGGACGCCUUGGGGAGGUGGCAUCUACAGUUGGUAUGAGUGCAGCACUAGGCCACAACACAAAUGGAGCUGUCUUUACUGGAAAUCUUGCUUGUGGUAAAAGUGUUAAAGAGGAAAAAACAGGAGGUGGCAAAAGCCAGAGUACCAGGGGAUCCAAAAGGGAUAAAGACUCAGGAAAGUCAAGAAAAGACAACAAUAAGUUGCAUGAUAUUGGGCACCAGAACAAUGUUUUGAAUAGUCAAGCUGUUGUUCACUUGUAUGGAUUUGGAGGUGCAAAGGGCACAGGCAAUGGCAGCCCUUUUCAUUGUGGUAAUAAUCUACCUGGAGAGUUGUCAAAAAGUACAGUUGAUCCAGGGAUUAUUGGAAACUCUGUAUUGGUUAAAAAAGAGGAGGAAGAAGAAGAAUGUCACAGACGAAUUAAGAAGUUAAAAACCGAAAAGGUUGAUCCCCUGUUUACAGUUCCUGCUCCUCCACCACCAGUUUCCAGCAGUAUCUCACCUCAGAUACUGCCAUCAUACUUUCCUCCAUCUUCAUCAACUAUUGCAGCACCAGUGGAGCAACUUUUGGUACGAACUCGUUCAGUGGGUGUAAAUACAUGUGAUGUUGGAGUAGUCACAGAACCAGAAUGCCUUGGACCCUGUGAACCUGGUACCAGUGUCAAUUUGGAAGGAAUUGUCUGGCAUGAAACUGAAGAAGGUGUACUGGUCGUAAAUGUCACAUGGCGGAACAAGACCUAUGUAGGGACAUUACUGGAUUGUACAAAGCAUGACUGGGCUCCUCCAAGGUUUUGUGACUCGCCUACGAGUGACCUUGAUAUGCGUGGUGGUCGUGGUAGAGGAAAGCGGGCAAGGUCAGCAACAAAUGUGGCAGCACCUCCAGGCCCAGAUGCAAAUUUUAUAGAAUCCAGAGGACUUCAAAACAAAAAUAGAGGUGGUGCUAACGGGAAAGGCAGACGUGGUAGUCUUAAUGCUAGUGGGCGUAGAACACCACCAAAUUGUUCUAUUGACGAUGUUAAAGCAAAUCCUUCCACAGCUAGCAAAAGAAAAAGUAAGCCUUCAAUGGAUUUAGACUUGAAUUCAAGUUCUGAGGACAAUAAAUCAGGGAAAAGGGUCAGAACAAAUUCUCGAAGCACUCCAACAACCCCACAAGGAAAAAAUGAGGUUGCUUUUUUGGACCAGGGUUGCUCUUCUCCAGUUUUAAUAGACUGUCCACAUCCAAACUGCAACAAAAAGUACAAGCACAUCAAUGGACUGCGGUACCACCAGGCACACGCACACUUAGAUCCAGAAAAUAAAAUGGAGUUUGAGCAGGACGGUGAGGACAAAAUUUCUGACUGUGAAGAAUCAUUAAAUAAUGUGGCACUUGAAUGCGAUGAGUUAAGCACAAGUUUAGAUCAGAUAAAAGCUCCCACAUCUCCAGGUUCAAAUAGUACCCCUGGGACACCAAAGUGCAAAAAAGAGCUGGCUAACAAUAGUCAAAAUCAAAUCGGUAACUCAAAAACAGGAAAAACAUCUGGUAAAAAGAAGGGUCUAAAUACUGAACAUAAUAACCUUCCUGUGAUUUCUAACAUGGCUGUUUCAAUGGAUAACUGCUCUGUGAUAGAUGGAGGUUUAACUGUGGAAAUGCCAAAAUUAGAAGCAGAAGGCCUUGUUGAUAAGAAAAAUCUAGCUGAUAAAAGCAAAAAAUCCAGUAAUUGUAAAAUUGACAAAAAUCUAUCAAGGCUUAAAACAGCCAGACCUAUUGCCCCAGCUCCAGCCCCUACCCCUCCUCAAUUGAUUGCGAUACCCAGUACAGCAUUUACAAACACUACUACAGGAACAAUACCAGGAUUACCCUCUUUAACAACUACCAUUGUCCAGGCAACACCAAAGAGCCCUCCAUUAAAACCUAUUCAACCAAAGCCCACAAUUAUGGGAGAGCCAAGCACUGUAAAUCCAUCCCUUGCAUCACUCAAGGACAAAAAGAAAAAGGAAAAAAGAAAACUUAAAGAGAGAGAAAUUAAAGAGGAUGUAAACUCUAAAACAGAAACUAUAGCUGGUAAUUUAGAUGAUUCAAAGGGAUCAGGGAAGGACUUAUCUGGUCAUUUUUUAAAAGAUCAGCUAAACAAAAGUGACACUUUAACUAAUGGACUAUUGGAAACGCAAGAAAGCCGAAUGGCUAGCAUAAAAGCAGAGGCAGAUAAGGUCUAUACAUUUACAGAUAAUGCACCCAGUCCCUCCAUAGGAAGUGCCUCUAGAGUAGAAUGCAACACUGUGAUAAAUGGACAAUCUCCUAUUGCACCGUUGAAUGUUUUGACACAAAAUGGUGGGGACAGUUCUGCUACCAAAACAAGCAGCCCAGCAUACUCUGAUAUUUCAGAUGCUGCUGAUGAUGGGGGUUCUGAUAGCAGGUCAGAGGGUAUGAGAUCAAAGGCUAGUUCUCCUUCAGACAUUAUUUGUAAUAAAGACACUGUUGUAAAGGGACAUUCUACACCAGUACAUCAGUCAUCUCAGGCAAAGGAACCACAGUCUCCCUAUUACCAUGGUUAUGACCCUUACUUUUCACCAAGUUACGCACACUCUGGACAAAUCAAUAAUUCAUCAUCUGUAAAUAGUAACAGUAAUCCCUCACAGGGGUUGAAAAGCAAAAAAGACACUGAAGAAGAAAUUGAAAAGAAAGACAAAGUAGAAAAUGUGGAUAUCAAAAAAAGUGAAACACAUUCAAAUAAUUUAACACAUCAACACCAAUCUGUCAUUACACAAAGGCACCCUGCACUAUCCCAGCCACUUUAUUAUGGACAGUAUGCAUAUGGAAUUUAUAUGGACCAAAAGUCAUUAAUGGCUUCAAACCCUGCAUACAGACAACAGUAUGAAAAAUAUUAUGAGGACCAGAGAAUUGCUGAGCAAAAAAUUUCCCAAUCAGGAAGAGACUGUGAAAGGAAAACUGAGAAUUCACCUAAGGAACUGGCAAAGGAAGAGAACAAAUUAAAAAAUAUUCCAUCAGCAACAAUUUCAAAAGCACCUUCUACUCCAGAACCAAGUAAAAAUAGUUCUAAAAUUGGAAAUAAAACUGAUGAGCCUAUGAAAUCACACGUUCUGCCAAAUCAUCAGCAACAUCAAUCUGACAGUUUUAAGGCAAAACAAUUGGAAAACCAUCAGCUGAUAAAAGAAGCAGUAGAGAUGAAAUCGGUUAUGGACUCUAUGAAACAAUCUGGUGUGGAUCCCACAAUGAGAUUUAAACAGGAGUCUGAGGCAAGAUCAUGGCACCAAUAUGUUUAUCAAUCUAAGUAUAUAGACCAGCAAAAAACUGAAGAAAUGGAGAGAGAGAAAAAAUUAAAAGAGGAAAAUCCAAGAAAGACCCCCAGUAAAGAGAGUGUAAUGCCAGCAGUAAUGUCAAACAUGAAAGAAGAAAACAAGGAAGGCAAACGUCCAGAGCCUCAGUUACUAGAGGAGCACAAAAAUAAGAAUGAGGAUAGAAAAACACCAGUAAAUUGGAAAGACUCCAGGAAUGCAAGAGUUGCAGUUUCUUCACCAAUGAGUCCACAUCAAUCAUAUAUUCAGUAUUUACAAGCCUACCCGUAUACCCAGAUGUAUGAUCCAAAUCAUCCAGCAUAUCGAGCAGUAUCUCCUGUGCUAAUGCACAGUUAUCCAGGAACUUACUUAUCUCCAGGUUUUCCACAUUAUUCUGUUUAUGGUAAAGUGUCGGGAAGAGAUGAAGCUGAGAAAGCUAGCACUAGUCCCAAUAUGAAUGCAAAAUCAUCUUCUGAAUCAAAAGCACUAGAUCUACUUCAACAGCAUGCCAACCAAUACCGCACAAAGUCGCCUGCACUGGCUGAAAAAGCUACAACUGAGCGUGAACGAGAAACUGAAAGAGAGAGAGAUCGACACUCCCCUUUUGGCCAGCGACAUCUUCACACGCACCACCACACACAUGUUGGAAUGGGUUAUCCUCUAAUUCCUGGACAAUAUGACCCAUUUCAAGGAUUGACCUCUGCUACCCUUGUUGCCACUCAGCAGGUGGCUGCACAAGCAUCUGCAUCCGGUAUGUUUCCUACACAAAGAAGGGAAUGAAUAUAUAGAAAAUGUACAUUAAAUCAUGUGACUGGUUCACAUGGGAGAGCGCUUUAUUACAGACAUCAGUUCCAUGGUGUUUAUCUGACAUGCCUUAAUGGCAGUUUAUUAUUUUUUUUUCCCCUUUUUUUCCCUUUCUUUUGUUUUUGUAAAUUUCAGAUUUUAUAUGAGAGUAACAUGUUCUUGUAAUUAGACGUCUGUGUGCAAGUGCAGCAUAUAUAAAUGUGUAUAUAUAUAUAUGUAAACAACAAUAUGUUUGUAUAUUUACAUGCACACAAAUAUAUAUAAAUAAAUAUAUAAAUAUAUAUUCUUUACUUUUUUGUAUCCGUAACCAGGCUCGCACACUAAAGGGUCUGCUGCUAAAUUGCAAACCACACAAUAAAAAUUAAAGUGUAAUUGUCCUGUUUGGAAAGUGUUUACUACAAAUGUUUUUUUUUCCCUCCUAAAAUGUAUAUAAUGUUAUGUAUCCAUGUGCCUGAAACUUGCAAAUCCUUAUCACAUUAGCCGCAUACUCUUAAAGAGGCAGGCUAUAAUGAUGACUCUUUGGUACAAUGUAGGCGUCUAUAUGAUGGCUCCCAUUAAUAUGCAUCAUUGUAAAAUGUUAAUGUAAUAAUUGUUUUAUUGUAAAUGUGUAUUGUGAAAAUAUGGAAGGCAUAUGGUUGCUAGUACCACAAAAUAACUGUGUUGUAUAUAAUGUAAAAAAUUUAAAUAAAUAAAUAAUAAGCAUCUGUGAGUAAUCAAAUGUUUCCUGAAAACCUGCAAAUCAGAAGACAUAUGUGAUUGUUCUAUUACUUGAAUAGUCCUGCAGUCUUUUUUAAUGUUUACAAUUAUCCAGUUUUAGAGGAGAGACUUUAAUGCCAUUGCCUGGUUACUUGUUUUAUGCUGUAAUCUAGUUUAUUUUAUGUAAAAUGUAUAUUGAAUGCUUUCUUUUUAUACCUGCCUUAAAUAAUUUGGCAAUCAGAAUAAAAGGAGCUGUUUUUGUA